AGCUUUGGCCCAAGCGAAGCUGACUGCAGCGACGGGAACGGCGCGGCUGCAACCAGACGGCCCCCGCCAGGUCGCCCCGCGAGCACGAUGGCCCUCAUCUCGAAGGUCCUUGCCAUUGCCUCAUUGCUCUACCUCGCCAGCUCUGUUACAUGGAUCCCUGUUGGCCCUGAAGGCAGCCAGUGCGUGGUCGAGGACGAUUGUGGUGCGGGAGGAGCAUCGGUGCUGCUGGUGAUGACCCGAAUGCUAUUUGCCCCGACAACAAGGAUUGUUUCUCGAGGAUCUCCGAUGCCGUCACCAGCCUCAUGAACGACGAUGGGGGAUCCAACCCGGUGGACCCUGACAGCCUCUGCGCGCAGUCGCUGCAGGUGGUAAUGGCGGACUGUGCGGAAUGCUGGCGCUGCAACAAACCACUUUCUGGCAAUGUACGCCUCGAUGCCCUGCCCGAGGCCCUGCCAGGGACCGCGGCGGGCCCUCCCGUGGUGGUGGCGGCCGCGGCGGUCGCCUCGCUCGCGGCGGCGCUGGCGGGGGCGGUGGCGUGGCGCGGCCGGCGCGCUGCGCCUGCAGUGGCGCGCAGCGCGUUGGUGGCGGAGGGGCAGGAGGACGCGCCGAUGGUGGAGGGCGGCAGCGGGGCAGCGUCGGCCCCCUGAGGGCGGGAGGAGCGCGAGAACUGCGCCGGGUGAUUCCCACCGGAAAACGCGCAUUUUUACGAUAGGUAUCGCUUCGGCGUCGACCACGUCGAAGACGUGAAUCAAGAGGAGGAGAUGAAGAACCUCAGGUCUUAAUACCUGUUGCCUGUUUCUAAGUUGCAGCACGGUUUAAUUUUUCCAUCUUGCUGCACGAGCGUUGCGCGACCGCGACGCACCAUCCCCGUGCGUGAGGUCGUGUGCGCGCGCGGCCGGCCCAUCCGCACUCUGAGGCUGGACCUUGGCCUCGAGGCGGACAGGGUCAAGAUCAAUACCUCUCUCCUUCUCCCUUCAUCUUG